AUGGCGUCUUCUUCGUCGCAAGAGCUGGUCAAGCGAUCCACAGGCCAGCUCAUGGCUCCUCCGCCGCCUCCGAAGCGAAUCAAGCGCCCCGCGACUGUCCUCGAUGAAGACGUAUACACCAGCACUCUGUCCCACAUCAUUGCCCGCGAUUUCUUUCCGGGCUUACUGGAGAAUCAGGUCAAACAGGAAUAUUUGGACGCCCUUGAAUCAAAAGACAAAGCAUGGAUCGCAAGCUCUAAAAAGAAGCUGGCAGAUGUGAUGCGCACGCCCACACCCGGGUCGAAUGUAAGACGAAAAUCAGAUUACACUUCGGUCCCGAGCACACCGCAGCAUUUCCCAUCUGGACACCCCGGUGACACUCCGCAUGGUUGGGGAGGGGAUACACCAAUGUCUGUCGUAUCGACUUCCACGGCGGCAACCGAAACACGAGACCGGAAUAUUCCCGAUGUAUCGAAUAUGGGACUGGUCGCGUUCCAAGCCAAGUAUACCAGCGAAGACAACGAGUCCUUCAAUAAAGUCAUCGACAAGCAAAAUGAAAAACGGCGAGAAAAACAUCCUUGGCUCUGGAGCGGCAACAAAAUUCCUUCGGCGCGACAGAUCGCACACCACCAACGAGAAGCCAAGCGUAUCGAAGCUCAAGGUGGAAAUCCACACAAAGGCCUUAUCAAACAAGAUGAACAUGUCCAACCCGUCAUCAAAACAGACUUGGAUGCUCGCCCGGCAAAACCAGACUCGUGGAAAACUCGUCCAGACAAUACUCUUAUGUUUAUGCCUUCUUCGGUGGAAGAUAAUCACGAGACACUCGCCCAGAAAGCCGAGACUACAUCCCGAGCAGGCCCCAAGCGAACCCUAUAUCAAAACACAAGACUCUUAGAUCCAGAUGCCGCCGCCGCAGCUGAUGCAGCAAGUGCCGUGCCUGCUUCACCCUCAUUAUCCGCCAUCCAAGACGCUAUCGCAGGCCGCCCUCAUUUCAGCGAGUCCGAAGCCGCAUCUGCUUUCGCAGGCAGUGAGACUCCGAGGGUCAACGGAUACGCCUUCGUCGAUGAAGACGAGCCAGAGCCUGAAGUUGUGUAUGGCUCCAGCUCCAGAGCUGACGACACGGAAGCUGACUGGCGCCUCCUCGGGCCGGUCUCUGAAAAACCAAAUCCUUUCCAACUUGGUGAGACUCGCAAGCGCGAGGCCCUGCAUCACCGCAUGGUAGAUCGUGUCGCGCGGAACAAGCGUGCUGAAAAGGCCGCUCGUGUUACGAAGACGCCUGUCUCGUUAACGCCGCGUUUUGCCAGUAGUCCUCGGCUGGACUACGGGCUGCAGUCUACACCUGGAGCUAGCUCUAGCAGGGGUUCUGUCUCCGGAGGAAAUGCUCAGGGAAAGAUGCUUACUCCUGCGGCGCAGAAGCUGUUGCAGCAGGUCGGGAGAACACCAAGGUCUGAGAGGAAGUCUGGACUUGGAAAUGUUUGGACACCGACACCGAAGCGGAAAUGA